AUGGGAAUUAGGGGAAUUGGAACAGCAAGCAGAGCGGGAACAAGUGACUAUGGACACGUGCGCAAGCACUCCAAGGAGGAGUUGCAGCGCGUGUGCGACGCCACGCCGCACUGUGCAGGCUUCAACACAAAUGGAUGGCUCAAGACCUCGACCGCGAAGCGGGUUGCCGGUGCGGCGGACCUGUGCGUCAAACGUCAAGUGGCAGAACAGCGAGUGCACGUCUCUGCUGCCAGCGACACUGGGAGCGACGACACCAAGGCGCCCCUGCAGACGGAUGUUGUCGCUGAUGUGCUGGGAGCACUAUUUUCGCGCCACUUGCGCGUGUACAUGUACCCGCUCCCGGAAUCACUGCAGCUUCCACCAACACGCGACUACAAGUACGCGGCGGAAGCAACAUUCACGCGCAUGCUGCGCGCCUCCACUUUUUCGACGGACAGUCCAGAGGAGGCACAGCUCUUCUUUGUGCGCGUGAGCUGCGCAGAGGCGCGCUUCACGCAGCGGGAUCGCGAGGCCGGCCAGCGCGCAGCAGAUGCGCACGCCACUGCUGUGCUCGCGCACGUGCAGCAGCGUUAUCCAUAUUGGAACAGGACGCAGGGCCGCGACCACUUCUUCGUGUGCGGGCACGACAUGGGGGCAGCGCCACGCACGGCUGCCGCGCGCAUGUUCCCGUCCGCGCGCAACAUGAUUGCGUUGGUGAACACGGCGGACGUGACAGAGCCGGACUAUGUGGUGCACAAGGACAUAUCUCUGCCGCCACACGUGGGCGACGGCUGUCCCACCCCGCGCCUGAUGGAUGCCAUCUGGGCCGGCUGUGUUCCCGUGUUCAUUGCCGACCACUACGACCCGCCGCUGGCGAAGUAUGUUGACUGGGCGCUGCUGGCCGUGUUUAUUGCAGAGGCCGACGCAGCGCACAUCAAGGCGCACCUGGAGAUGGACGCACGCACCAUGUACGCGCACCGGUCUGCCUACAUUGCCCGCGUGCGUGAUCGCCUCACCUGGUGGGACCCUGCUCAGCGCCAACACACCAUGGGCCGAAGCACAUCCGCCUUUGACCUCGUGAUGCUGGAGCUUGCUCUUCGCGUAGGCGGGCGACGACGAUGA